AUGGCUCACAGGGAACAAUUCGCUAUUUACCCAGACCUCAAAGAUAAAGUCGCUUUGGUCGUAGGAGCAGGCCAAUCCGGCGACCCAACAUCGAAAUACUGGGGUAACGGGGCUGCCAUCGCGAAAGUUCUCAGCGCAUCAGGCGCAAGAGUAAUCGCCUGUGAUUUGAACCUAGAAGCAGCACAGCGCACCGCAUCACACAUCAAGGAAAAUGGGCAUUACUGCGAAGCCGUGCAAGCCGAUGCGACCUCUCAAACUGAUAUUCGAAGACUCGUCACCGAGGUAGCAUCCAAGUAUGGCCGCAUCGACAUCCUCGUGAAUAACGUCGGCGGAACAAAAACAGGAGACCCAGCCACGAUGCCAGAGGAAGCAUGGGAUGCGCAGAUUCAGCUGAAUCUGAAAUCAGUGUUCCUAAGCUGCAAUGCUGUUCUACCCAUUAUGGAAAAACAGGGCAGCGGCGCUGUGAUCAAUAAUGCUUCUAUUGCAGGCAUGAGAUAUCUCGGCAAACCCCAAGUCGCAUAUGCAUCGGCUAAGGCAGCCGUUAUCCAUUUUUCCAAAGUGACUGGUAUAAUGUACGCUUCAAAGGGAAUUCGGGUUAAUUCAAUUGCUCCGGGGAUGGUUUAUACGCCGUUGUUGGAAAUGCUAGGCAAUAGCAAAUCGGCAGAGGAUCGCGAGAUACACAAGAAAAUCACAGAUCAUAAUAUUCCUCAAGGAAGCAUGGGAGAUGCUUUUGAUGUGGCUAAUUGUGUGGCGUUUCUUGCGAGCCAUUCUGCUCGUUAUAUUAUUGGUCAGAAUCUGGCUAUUGAUGGGGGGGUUGACUGA